AAAUGGAUGGAGAUGGCGGAGAAGCUGGAGGGAGUUAUUCAACAAACAAAGAUACAUUGAAUGACCCAGCGACAAUGACCCAGGAGCAGCUUGAACUUCGACUUCAACAAAUACAAGAUUUAAACUCGAGAAUCCCCAAUAGUUUCCGCGACCCAAGAAAUGCGCCUAUGCGGAAAAUGAGCGUGGACCUGAUCAAAACCUAUAAACUAAUCAAUGAGAUCUAUUACGCCAAGAAGAAAGCCGACAAACAACGACAUAAGCAUGCAGCGCCUGCAACAACUACCGAAGAAACCACUAAUAUACAUACUGCUGCAGUAGCUCAAACUUCUCACGCAAGCACUUCGCAACGGAAGAGCCACAACGUAACAGGGGGUGCCCAUAUGAACAAUAUUAUCAUUAGCAAUAAAUACGAAACGGGGCUGAAUAACGACGGCUUUGAUGACGACCAAUGCGAUUACAUCGUGAAACCCAAUGAGGUAUGGAUGGACCGAUACGAAAUUGAAGCUUCAAUCGGCAAAGGCUCGUUCGGCCAGGUUGUGCGCGCAUACGACAGACUAGAGCAGGAGUAUGUGGCUAUUAAGAUCAUCAAAAACAAGCGCAUGUUCCUGGAACAGGCACAGAUCGAAGUGCGACUCCUGGAAAUGAUGAAUAGAGCUGAUAGGUCUAAUAAAUACUACAUAGUGACAUUAAAGCGGCACUUUGUGUUUCGCAACCACCUCUGUCUCGUGUUCGAACUGCUAUCCUGUAAUCUGUACGAGCUACUGAAGAACACCCAGUUCCACGGCGUCUCCCUCACCCUCACUCGCAAGUUCGCCACCCAACUGCUCACAGCCCUCCUCUUCCUCUCCUCCCCUAGUCUGUCCGUCAUCCACUCGGACCUGAAGCCCGAAAAUAUUCUCCUCUGCAACCCGAAGAGAAGCGCAAUCAAAAUCAUAGACUUCGGAUCAUCGUGCCAAAUUGGACAGCAGUGUUUCCAGUACAUCCAGUCGCGCUUCUACAGGAGUCCCGAGAUCCUGCUGGGUAUCCGGAACUACGACACAGCUAUUGACACCUGGUCAUUAGGCUGCAUACUAGUCGAGAUGCACACGGGCGAACCACUGUUCCCCGGACAGAACGAAUAUGACCAGAUGAACAAGAUUAUAGAAGUGUUGGGUCUGCCACCUCGACAUCUUCUAGAGCAGGGGACUAAAGCGAAGCGCUACUUCGACCAGCACCCGGAUGGAUUGUACCAUCUGAACAAGAAACACAAGGACCACAAAAAGGAGUACAAGUUGCCUGGCACGAGAAAGUUGCACGAUGUGUUGGGAGUCGAGACCGGGGGUCCCGGGGGUCGGAGGAAAGACAUGCCAGGACACUCUGUAGCAGAUUACACCAACUUUCAGGAUCUGAUUCUGCGCAUGUUAGAAUUUGACCCCAAGCAGAGACUGAAACCGCUAGAUGCACUCAGUCACAAGUUCUUCAAGAAGAUGAGCGACGAGAGCACGAACACUGCGGCUGGAGUAUCUUCUUCAGCUGUCGCAGGCUCGGUUAUCCCCAAUGUCCAACAGCAACACAACCACCUCCCAACGUCCCCUCAACAGAUCAUAUAUGUCAAAAAUAAGGUGUCAUCAUCAACUGACCCAAGAGUGCAACACUCGGCACUUCUAGCUGGAAUCGCCACCAACAUUCACCCCCAGUCAGGACUGACUGCUGGGGUCGGAGGAGGGGGUGGGGGUCUGCACGUGACUAUGCAGGGCAGGAGGGCAUCGGGAGGUUUAGGGGGAGGAGGAGGGAUGCAAAAUACAAACACAAGUGCCAUUGAGACGAAGCCAUUGUUCGAUUUCAAUAUUCAAGCUUCAGCAAGACAUCAAGACGUAGCUUUGUCUCCCUCGUCUGCAAACUUCAGAUCGCCCGGAAAUAAAAUGUCGUCAUUGGCCAAAAUGGGAAUAGGAAACGUGCCUAAUGCGCUGGGCGCCUCGUCUGAAAUCAUCCUCGCCUCUGAUCAGCAUCAAAGCAGCUCUGUAGUCGCGCCGAACGGAGUUCUAGUCUCGCCGAUCUCGGCAUCUAAUGUAAAUGCGGCCAAAAUGCAACAGUUUUUCAUCGACCGAGGGGAUAAUGGUCUUUCCAUGAACACUUUAACCCACUCAGGAACAAAUUUACCCGGCCCGGUGGGAAAUAACCCGUCAUCUUUUCACGUUGCCUACGCGAAACAACAGCAGCACAUGGUGCAAUCAGUCGUUCCUCCGGGACACACGCAGAGCUUCUCCAACAUAGUGCUCGGAAGUCCACACGCGCAGAAUAGUAUAAACCAUAUGUACAUGCAACAACCCUCGCAGCAGAUACAUGCGUCUUCUGGUGGAUAUAAGACCCUAGAUAAGCAACAACAGAGCCAUAUGCAGAUGGCAGGUAGUAGAAUCAGUCAUCCAGCUACGGUUAUUCUAGCCGGCCCUGGACCCUCGGGAGAUUCGAGUAAUCGUUCUAUAUUGGGAUCGCCUGCAAGCUCAAAUUUAGUCAGCGCAACAUCGCUGACUCUUUUAAACCAUAAUAACCCCCAUUCUCACACACAACUCCUCAAUUCACCCUCGCAAUCUCACCAACUCAUAGGAACUACGAGUCUGGGAACCAUCACCGGGGCUCCUGGAACUGGCUCUGGAUCCUACAUCUUAGCACCCUCUGUUGGUCCUGGCAAGACCUCGAUGCAGGGAUCCGCGACUGCGUAUACGAUAGACCCGUCAUCAGCGACAGCCUUGUACCUUCUAGAAACUACCGCCACUGGCGCCCAGCCUAGUAUGAGCUUAAAGCCAACGGUCAUGAGUCAUACGCACCAACCGCAUGCAUCAGCAGCAGGCAGCAAGUGAAAGCAUUGUCGAUUAGAAACGGUGAUGGAUUGAAGUAUGCUGCGGAGAGCUGGAAAUAGAAAAUGCGUGUAAAAAUUAUGGUGCUCUGAAUGCUAUUUUGAAUUUGUAUUGUCAUUUACACAGUUUUGUUCGCGAGUUUUAAGUUAGCUAGCUACUCUUCAUUUGAAAGUUUCAAGGAACACAAUAAAAAAGAAGUCAAUGCAGGCAGUGCAGAAUUGGAAGUCUCCUCGGUGCCUCGAAAGCUGUAAGAGAUAUACACGGAAGUGAGAUCAGCCCCAAGUUUAGACCGAGUUUUCGCUUUCCUGGUCUCUGAAUGUAAAAUGGUUGCACGGUUUUGGUUCUGCUGAACUUCGCGCUGCCUGUGAACUUUUGCAUGGACAGAAACCAAAAAUGCCAGAAGUUUGGGUACUCGAAGAAGUCGGGACUAAGAAGUUUGAAUUAUAACGAAGAAAACGCAGGUGUUGUUCGAGUGUUGCGGCGAUAUCAAGGAGCAACUGAAAGCUUUGGGGUCCAGAAAAACAGUUUAUCAGAAUUGGAGAGAAAUUUUGUGCAACUGUAGUGUUCUGUACUUUUUGGAAGUGUUCGUUCAAUUUUAAUGUUUUAUUCGGACGGUCAGUCGUCGUGGAUGCAUUGUUGUUUUAAUGAAAAAUAGUAUCAAAUACAUAUACCUUCAUUUGCAAGUUGUA